ACGAAAAAAGUUUAUUGUUCGCUAUUCCAACACACAGGCUUAAACACUUUUCAUAGGCUUCAGAGUUUAUCGAAGUUUGAAGACAGCAAAGUGUUCCAUAAAUCGUCUCUGACGACGUAUUGAAGUUGAAUAUUGGCUACACAAGAAGAAACCAAGAGCACUGCAAAAUGGCGUUUCUGGGCAGAGUCGACAGUCAGGGAACCCUUGUUGACCGCGAAGUAUUCAGCCCAUCUCAGCAGGAUUCAGCAGGCCCAGCCAGAGAGGACGAGCCAGUUGUGCUACUGCCGCGGAGAAAGGGUUCCAGGACCUACAUCAAGACCUGCGACAAGGACAGCCUAGUGCGCUCUAUGGGAAGCCCCAGCACGGUGCGCUACGUGGGCAGCUCCGGGUCGUCCAGUGAAGUCAACUCAUUGGACGAGACGGAGACCUCCACUCUGCGCUGCUGCUCGGAUUUGUCCCUGUCCCUGGGCACCUUCAAGUCGAACCAGGCAAUCGAGGGGCCCCGCACUGGUGAACUGGGAGAGGAUAUCGAGCUGCAGACGGAGUCGGAGACGGUCUGCCUGCAUCUGGGCAGUCCAGGCAGCAGCAUCAGCAGUGACCGCAGUAGUUCCAGUGGCAGAUCCUACACCUCUUCCCGUAGUGACAACUCAGCCGACAAGGACUCCACGACCUCGAUGUGCAGCUGGGAGGAGGCCAUGUCCCGGGACGACAGCAUGCUGUCCCCGCUCGAGGAGCCGCUGAGCCACAGCCUGCCCUCGCUGCGCCUGGGAUCGGACGUAGGAUCGCCGCCCCUCACCUACACCCGCCGCAUCGAGCCGCUCCACAUCCAGCGGGCCGCCGGCAUGGCCUACGAGAACUGGCUGUCCGGCAAGCAGCGCCAGUGCCAGUACAAGCUGCAGGCGGAGCAAGCCGAGCGGGAGGCGCAGCGGCAGCGCACGGAGGUGAGGCAGCGGCUCGCCAAGGAGAAGUACGAGCAGUGGUGUCGGCAGAAGGCGCAGCAGACCGCCACUACCUCCAAGCCCGCCAAACCAGCCCAAGCUACUCAACUGCCGCCGCAGAAGAAUACCGCCUCCGUGCAGCACCACCUGCAGGAGUGGGAGAUGCAGAAGAUGAGGCUCCUCGAACAGCGCCGUCUGGAGCAGCGAAACGCCGAGCGGCGGCGUCAGGCGGAGAAGGCCGCUCGCCGGACGCAGGCGGAGGAGGCCUUCAGUCGAUGGAUGAGCAAUGUGGCCCAGCGGCCCAAGCCGGUGCCCUCCAGCCAGGGAAUGAAGUCGCUGCGCGGCACCGUUUCCGACAUCUUCAUAAACCCCAAGCAGUGGGUGGAUUAGGCAGUCAGAUUUCAGUUGGUGGUGGAGGUGUCGGAAAAGUGAAUGGCCUGGAUAGGCUGCCUAAUAGGUGAGAGUUAGCUCGCCCUGUGAAACCGAAAGUUUUAACAAGUGUAACCAUAUUUACCCAUUUAACACUAUUAAAUACCCUCAAAGAAA